AUGACUGGGUGCAUUUCAAGGGUCAGUUUGAGGCUAUGGUUGACUCCCAAAUGGUCUCAGGCCCAAGCCCUUUUGAAUCCUCCGCCUGGCCUGUUGCCCACUUCGUGUACUGAAGGUUCGAAAGCCUUUGAAUCUGUUGGUGUGGACUUUGCUGGCCCUAUUCGCUAUCGUCGCAAGGAGAGAGCAGAGUCAAAAGCGUAUCUAGUCCUUUAUGCCAGUUGCCUGACUCGUGUUUUGUUUUUGGAAGUGUUGCCAAGCCUUGAAGCGACAGAAUUUAUUGCAAGCUUGAAAAGAUUUAUAGCACAACACGGUCGUCCGAAACGAAUCUAUUCCGAUAACGGAAAAACUUUUGUUGCCGCCGCUCAAUGGCUUAAACGAAUUCAGCUGGACGAGAAGUUGAAUAAAUUCCUCUCCAACCAUUCUAUUGCCUGGUCCUUCAAUCUCAGCAGAGCUCUGUGGUGUGGCAGCCAGUUUGAACGGUUAAUUGGUGUGUUUAAAUCUUCCUUCUAUAAGUCUAUGGGAAAUGGUUUACUUACCUGGCCAGAAUUGUGUGAGGUCGUGCUGGAUGUCGAAGUGGCUCUAAACAAUCGUCCCCUCAGUUACCUGGAAGAAGACUUCCAAUUACCAGUGUUGACGCCAGCUUCCUUCUUGUUCCAAGGCCCCAUUUUGUUACCCGAGCAAGACCCUGCGGCUCUGGAAGACAAGUGUUUACGAAAGCGCGAGAAAUAUUUAAGGAAGUGCAAAGAUCAUUUGUGGUCUCGUUGGACUGCUGAAUACCCUCGUGCACUAAGAGAAUGA